CUCUAGUCUCUUCCUCAACUGCAUCAAAAGGAAAAGAAAAGGAAAAAGCAAGAAAAGAAGCAUGGCUCUUCUCCUCCCAUCCGUUCCUCCUCUUCAGCUAACGCCCUCUAGAGCAACCGCACCAACCUCGUCGCCAUUAUCCAUUCGCCGCCCACGGCCAACAACCCUUUCCCUCCCUCGCGCCCGCUGCUCCGCUCGUCGGACCCCUUGCCCCGUUGCUGCUGUCCGGAAGGACAGGGAGGCUGCUGCUCCCUGGGCCGGCGAGCUCGCCGGCGCUGUGCCAUGGAAAGCCGCGGUCUCCGGCGCGCUGGCUCUCGCCGUCUCCUUCACCUGCUUUGUUGGUUUGGUCAAUGCGAGGACUGGGGUAAAUAAACCAGAAUUGCUUCCUAAAGAAUUUACCACUGUUAUUGAUGUUGCUGGUUUUCUCUCGUCAGGCCAGGAAAAUCGUUUGCGCCAAGAGAUAGAGGACCUGGAGAAGGAUACAGGGUACAAGUUGAGAGUUCUUGCACAAAAUUUUCCUGAUACACCUGGAUUGGCUAUCAAAGAUUUUUGGCAGGUCGAUGACCGUACUAUUGUUUUUGUUGCCGAUCCAACCUUUGGUAACAUAAUAAAUUUUAACAUUGGUCCAUUAGUUGAUUUAGACGUCCCUCGGAGCUUUUGGAGUCAGGUUUCAGGGAAGUAUGGAAACAUGUUUUACUGGAAAGAAAAGGGAGAGGAUGCGUCAAUUGAAGCCGCUGUGACGGCAAUAUCACGCUGUCUAAGAGACCCCACAGGGACAAAUAACUGUUCUGAGGUACUGUAGGGAGUAAAAGUUCACCGCGGAAGGAAAUUUGGGAAGGAUAAGCCAGUGCAGCCUGUGUACAGAAGUGAAAUAUCAGAGCUACCGAAACUAAACAUGUUUUACCAUUUCCAGAGAAUGAAAGGGCACUUUUGGAUCGUUCACUUUUGGAAAUAUCUUAUUGACCAAUGCACUCUCUAAACGUUAUAGUGAUAAAGAAAUGAGUAAAAGCUAUAUUGACCAAUGCACAUGGUUGAGUCGUUA